CCUCGUAACCGUUCUCGUUGCGUAUGCCGCAGGGCGAAUUGAACGAACGACCGACUUGGCGUCGUGACUCAAGUUGUGACCUUGAGCUUUCCAGACUUCGCAGUUUGGGGUGGCUUCGCUAGAGGAUUGGGAAACUUCCUCGAGUCGACGGCCUCGAAGGCGUGCUUCCCGAUCCUCAAAUCCAUCACAAAAUCGAUCUGUUUUUUGCCUUCAAACCCUAGAUCGGGAAAAAAAAUUCGACCAGUCAAGUUUUCCGUAUCUUGAAAUUCAUCCGAGCACAGUUCCAGCUUUCUGCGGCUCUUGGCGACAAAAGGUUUUUUUCUGAAUGCGCCGUAUUUGCAAACCCUAGAUUGCUGAUGAACGGGUAAAGUGAGGUCAGUGGAAUUGGUUGUCAUGGAUGCUAACCAGGGACGGCGUCCUAGAUCUCGAGCGAUUUUUAAUGCUAUUUGCGCUCUGGCGCUGUUCUUCUUUUUGUACAAUGGAGAGAAUGUCCUCAACCCUUUUCCUCCCCGCAGACCCUUUCAUUCCUUCGGUCAUACUUCAAAAUCCAACCUUUUUCUUCGUCGGAGAAUGACGGAGCUCACUAAUUCUACAAAUGGUUCUUUGCCUGGAGAUCAUAAGCAAGAGACAUAUGAAUUUCUCGCAAAUCCCACUGUAGCUUGCACUGGCAUAAACCGUCACGAGGGCUUUGCCACCCAAUGUGAUUUCUUGAAGGCCCAUAGACAGUGCUCUUCUGGUGGAGUUAUCGAUUACAUUACCUUUUUCUAUUGCAACUGUGGGAAAUUUCGUAUCUUGGGCUAUGCUGUUCUUGCAAUAUGGCUAGGGGCUCUUUUCUACAUGUUGGGGAAUACAGCAGCAGAUUACUUCUGUUGUAGCUUGGAGAAGCUCUCUAGCUUACUAAAGCUUCCACCCACAGUUGCUGGGGUAGCAUUGCUUCCACUUGGCAAUGGUGCUCCAGAUGUAUUUGCUAGCAUUGCAGCAUUUAUUGGGACAGAUGCUGGUGAGGUUGGCAUUAACAGUGUGUUGGGCGGAGCUGUCUUUGUGACUUGUAUAGUCGUCGGAACUGUCUCGCUAAUUGUUGCAGAUAAGAAUGUUCACAUUGAUAGGAAAUGCUUUGUCAGGGAUAUUAGCUUCUUUCUGUUGACAUUAUUAUCAUUGUCCUUGAUUUUACUUAUCGGAAGAGUGACACUCUGGGGAGCAGUUCUCUUUGUUUCUAUAUAUGUGAUUUAUGCCUUCACCGUUGCAGCAAAUGAGUUGCUGUGGAAGCAUGCUCGGAGGCUGAAGUUAGACAUGGUUACUCCAUUGCUCCCUGUUAGAGGAAACAUCUUUUCUCAUGGCAGCGAAGAGUAUGAGUCAAUGUAUAACUCUCUCCUUGAAGAUGAUCAUGAUGACGAGGUACCACAACUGCACAGUUCGUUGCCUCAGUGGAUGUGGGCUUCUCAUGUGGCUAUUUAUUCGAAUCAUGGAAGCAGAUCAAAUUCCAUGGAUAACUCCAGGCCUUUAUGGGGUUGGAAUGAGCAAGAGGCAGAAACGUCUGGUUUUUCAUGUUCCAAACUAUUUCUAUUGAUCGAAAUGCCUUUGACUAUCCCAAGAAGGUUAACCAUUCCGAUUGUUGAGGAAGAAAGAUGGUCAAAACCAUAUGCUGUAGCAAGUGCUUUCUUAGCGCCUGUCCUUUUGGCGUCUGUUUGGGGCGGUCAUGAGAAUUCAAAAAUUAGCAUCAUCUCUUAUUUUGUAGGUGGGAUCUUUGGUGCUAUAUUCUCGGUUCUUGCUUUCCUCUACACUAGCUCUGAGUGUCCGCCGCGAAGAUACUUGUUUCCUUGGGUUUUAGGAGGGUUUAUCAUGAGCAUAGUGUGGUUUUACAUUAUCGCUAACGAGCUGGUUGCACUCUUGGUAACCUCAGGUGUGAUUUUGGGUAUAAACCCGUCCAUUCUGGGAUUGACAGUAUUGGCUUGGGGCAAUUCAAUGGGCGAUCUAAUGUCAAAUGUUGCUUUGUCUGUAAACGGAGGAGAUGGCGUGCAGAUUGCUAUGUCGGGAUGUUAUGCAGGACCCAUGUUCAACACACUUGCUGGGCUAGGCAUGUCGAUGUUACUCGGUGCUUGGUCAUCUUCGCCCUAUAUGUUACCGCAAGAUGGCACCUUGGUGUACACAAUGCUUUUUCUUGUCUCUGGACUCGUCUGGGCUCUCAUCAUUUUACUGCGAAAUGAUAUGCAUCCUAACAGGACCUUGGGCUUCGGCCUCAUUGCACUUUACCUUGUAUUUCUGACCAUUAGAGUGAGCAAUGCAAUUUGGUUCUUCCCUUUGGCAGGGCUACAAUGACCUUUAAGAUGGAUUUCUAUAGCUAUACAGAAUCACAAACCUUCCUGAUGAUUUCGGCACACUAAAUAAUUUGAACUCGUGAUCAUGCAGAGUAAAAGAGCAGCGGCAAGUGCUACAAGGACUACAGAAAUGGCCCAUUUGCAUACAUAGUUUGAUGUGCUUAUCGCUCUCUACUGUUCACUUGAUGUUGAGCAUAUGUAGUAGGAAUUCAUCUUUUAUAUUCAUUAUUAUCCCUGAAGUCUCAUGUAUUAAACAGGAAUUAACCAUCCCAUGAUCAUGCAGAGUGAUGUUAUAUGUCCAAGUGUAUCAAAGUAUGACACAAAUGCUUCAGCUGUAUAUAUUUUACUUAAUUUCCCAAUACUUUCAUAAGAAUGUCUAGAUAUGUUUCUUUUCUCACUAUUGUUCACUUAGAGGUUGAACAUCUGCUCAGGUAAAUUACAAAGACCAGGAAUUAACUUUGUCAAUUCAUACAUGCAAUUUCUCUUGUUUGUUAAUUACUUGUUCUCUUGAUCCACCAUGAAAAAUGUUUGUUCUGAGGUAGAAUUUACAUUAUACAUCUUCAAAAACAAAUUUGAGUUAUAAAUACAAUAGACUCUUGUGUUGAUGGGAAGUUCGUGUGCACCGGACUAUCCCUCAUCUUCCAAACUCUAUGAAAGUUUUUUGUUGUUGAAACUUUUGUUUUAUAGUUGUCCAUGCCAACAAAAGGCACUAAAUGUUUUGAAGCCUUAUAACUAGACCAAGAGUUUUUUUUUGUUUUUGUGUAUUUUUAGGCAAAAAAUUGUUUUGACUCUUUUUUUAGUUUCUCUCAAACAUAAUAGAUAUUUAUUUUAAUUUUAAAACUAUAAACAUGAAUUUUUAGGCAUUUGAUCCCUAUUCAACAUGAUUUUAUGCCUUGAAUUCGCAAUGCGCUCUGACUGGCCCAUGAAAGGCCCAUCAUCAUCAGGCACUUCUCAUUCGCAUGCUAUAUAGUCCUCAUCUCUAUCGAAACCCUAGCAGGAGCAGGAGCAGGAGCAGGAGGAGGAGGACGGCCAUGACGACCCGCUUGAAGAAGAAUCGGAAGAAACGAGGCCACGUGAGCGCUGGCCACGGCCGCAUCGGGAAGCACCGGAAGCACCCGGGAGGCCGCGGGAACGCCGGCGGUAUGCACCACCACCGCAUCCUUUUCGACAAGUACCACCCGGGCUACUUCGGCAAGGUCGGCAUGCGUUACUUCCACCGCCUCCGCAACAAGUUCCACUGCCCGAUCGUCAACGUCGACACUCUCUGGUCGCUCAUCCCUGAAGACUUGAAGGGGUCGACCGCCGGAGCCAAAGAUGGCUCCGUUCCGUUGCUAGAUGUGACUCAGUAUGGCUACUUCAAGGUGCUCGGCAAGGGCUCGCUCCCCCCGUCCCGCCCUAUAGUCGUGAAAACCAAGCUCAUAUCGAAGAUCGCGGAGAAGAAGAUCAAGGAGGCCGGCGGCUCUGUCGUGCUCACUGCCUGAGUGGUCAUUUGAUCUGUCGUUUAGGUAUUUUACAUUCGCACUUCAAUUUCAUUCUGGAAACCCUAGAACGAAAAACCUUCUACUGGAUUUUGAUACUCGUUUUUUAUUCAACA